CUUACGUUAUAUAUUAAUUUACCUAAGAAAUUAAAGUGAUUAGUUUUUGGUUAAUCAUUGAGACAUAAAAAGGACGUCAUCUUACACGGAAAGAUAUUGCAGUGACACACAGUAAUAAAGGAUGAAGAAUUGCCGAAAAAGAUUGUCAAUCAUAUAACAUUAAAGCAAUCAUAACCAAUGGAGGAGUACAAAAAUCAGUUUACCACACCUGGAAGCCGAAACUGGCUGAAAGGGUCAGUGGCAGUGAACGUUUCAAAACGUGGACUAGCUCCGUUCGCUUGUAAGGUUUGUGAUGACAUUCGCGUUGAACAGUUAACAUUGGCAAUAAAACAGCUUUUUCCUGACCUCUGUGAAAAUUGCUCAAUUGUUGAAGUGAUACCUUGUGACCCUAAUAACAACAUCUGUAAUUCAGGACAAUGCCGUUUUCACAAGGGGCGUAUUUUUCGUCCGUGCCCUAAAGUCAAAUGUAACGAUUAUCGUAACACUGUUAUCGACAAAAUCAAUAAAGGUAUCGAUAUUGGUUGUCAUUGCAAUAGCUGCAGGACAGCUGAAAUUGUACCGUGUAAUCCAAGAAAUACGAAACAAUACAUUCCUACAAGGCCAUGCCCGAAUAACAUUUGUGGUACGCUACGGAAUUCCAUAGAGCAGAAACAUAGAUUUGGGAAUCCAUCAUGGAAGAACACCGAUGCAAGAAAAUGGUGUGUUAACGCUUGGGAUAUUGCUAAGUGCUUUAUGCCUCCAGAUGGCUACGCAGAAGUGGACAAUGAAACCGACACAGACUUGAACGGAAUAAUCAGUGUAUACAUCAACUGUGAAGAAUUCCAACAGUAUUUUACAGCUGACCUGUCUAAUCGACAGAACAUAUGCGACAAGGUCCGGGAUGUCGGGAAGAAUAUUCGCCAUGCGCCAGGAUUGGAGGUUACUGAUGAUGACUUGAAUGUCUGGCUAUCUGAUCUGAAAGCAUUAUUUUCUGACCCAGCAUUCAGCAAAGGCAACCCUCUUGCAAAAGACGCAUUAAACCAGUUGUAUCAGCUGGAGAAUGACGAACUUAUUAUAGAGAGGUCAGAGGUUGUGGCGGCCAUUACGGAUUCGGUAGAUUACCUGAGAAGGCUUACUACUGCAAGUCUGGAAACCGAUAAUCGAAUUCACGAUCUGGAAAUGAAGAUGGAAGAAGUUCUGAAACAAAAUGUAAUUUCCGGGAUGGAUAGCUUUAAAUCAGAAUUAAAAGACACACUUAUAAAAUACCACCGCGAACACAACUGUACGCUCAUGAUUGGUCCCUUCGUUGAAUGUGGAAAUGACGGACUUGAAGACUUCUAUGUUCCUCCAAACAUUAGUAGAGUUAUUCUUCAGUCUAGAGAGAAGAACAAACCUUUAAAAGAACCUCUCACGAGUUUGGACCAGUUGCUCAUCUCCAAGCAGAUUAUCGUUCUUACUGCAGACGCCGGCCUAGGAAAAACAUCGUUUUGUAAGUUUUUAGUUGUUUUGUGGUGCGCGGUGAAAGAGGGAAUGACCGAUUUCAUAGCGAAGCUUAGUGACACUCAAAACUUUUUCAGUGAAAUCGAAUGCUUAGAUAAGUUCACAUAUUUAUUUUACAUCCAGUUACGUGGAAAUCAAUGCAAUACUUUAGAGGAUAUCAUUUUCUCUCAUACAAAAUCAGUUCACACCGAAUUAUCUAGGGAUAACAAGGCUUUUGGUGAGCUUCUAUCGAACGAAAACGGCUUGUUCAUUUUAGACGGAUUAGAUGAAUGUGACAUUCCUUCUCUCAUGCCCUUAGCCGCCAAUAGAAAGUACUCUAUUCUCAUAACAUCACGUCCUUGGAAACUUGCAAGUAUAAACAUGCCCAGUGAAAGUACAUAUACACAUGCACAAGUUGACAUUAUGAACCCGGAAGUGUCAGAAAAGCUUGUGUUACAUUCAAACAAUUGUUUGAACACACAUUUCAGCACCUCAUAUAAUGUUGAUGACUUCUUAUCUAUUAUUAAAAAUCAGCAUUUAGAAUCUCAUCUCCAAAAUCCUAUGUUAACCUUGCAGUUGUUAUGUGUCUAUCACGACAAACGCAGUGAGAAUAAAACAUGUCAGGAUAACGUUACCGGGGACAGUCCGUGUACAGAAUACGAUGCAACGGCUGUAUCUGAUAAGAAGGAUUUGACGUACCUUGGUAAGACAAGGUCGCAUAUAUACGCAAACAUGUUAGAACUGAUGCUACGUAGUGUCGAAAAAAAGGAGGAAUCACUCGUACAAGGUCUGAGUGAGUUAUAUAAGAAAAACGGUCAAACAUAUACCCUCCCCAAAUGCUUUGAUGAAAGAAAUUACACAUGCAGUGACUUGGCCGAACUAAUUAACGAUAUUGGAAAAUUGGCUGCCUUUUCACUCUUAGACGAUACAAAAUAUGUCAUAGAGGAACACCAAAUUAGAAAACUUAAGAAAGAGGAAACGACGGUACUUCUCAAAUCUGGACUUCUUUCGAAAACAAGCUUGAAAACACUAUCAGAGGAGAGCAAUACGUACACAUUUUUACAUCAGACUUAUAAGGAGAUGCUUGCCUGUGUAUUUCUUUCUUCCCAAGAUUUCGAAAGUGAUGUUUGGAAAAACUUUAUAAAGAAGUUUGAAUCUGUUAUGUCACCCGAUAUUUUGUCGUUUUUAUGUGUAAUGAACUAUGAACAAGGAUGCAAGUGUUUAGAUAUUUUUAAUAAAAAAAAACGUUUCUUUUAUUGGGACGGUAUAUAUUACACUUCUGAGCUUAAAGACUAUCAAUCUACAAUUGAAAUGGCCCACAAAGAGUGUUUCAACAAUGGAAUUGGAAAGCCUCAAAUUACGUUAAAACACGCUUUGCUCAAAUCGGAUUUUGUAAUGGAACCUGAUAAUGAACAUUUGCAAAAAAGCGCAUUAGAUUUGGAAACAAUUUUCAUAAUCAAGUAUACGUUCACUACAGCAAUGCAUCCGAAAAUAUUACCUGCUUCAUUGGUUAUCUUAUAUGUAAAAGACACUACGUUCCGCGAUGACCAUAUCGACCUUUCGAAUUGUACACAUCUCAUUAACAUACUUAUAGAGGACACCCGCCUGUCACACGUCACUAUCAACCCGUCUUCCCUUGAAAUAUUCUGGGUUUACGUGAAACCAGAGCUGAUACAAGAGAUACCACCAAUGAAGGUGUCCUUUGUUGGCGGGUCGCAGUUCUCUGGCAGUCUACAUGAGCUCAGUUUAGUGAACGUUAACAUGGAUGUUACCCUCGAUUUGUCAAAUUGUCAGAAUUUACAAAAUCUACUUAUUGAUGAUAUCUCAUAUGAAACAUUGAUUGAAAACAACGUUGUAAACAACAUACACCGCUGUUAUGCACUACAGGAACUGAACCGUGACACAUUGACAUUUCCUGCAGAUACACACCUAGAUCUCAGCAGUCUCAAACAUCUCUCUAAGAUAAAUAUACAGAACAGCCGCCUAACACACGUCACCAUCAACCCGUCUUCCCUUGAAACAUUCUGGGUUUACGUGAAACCAGAGCUGAUACCAGGGAUACCGCCAAUGAAGGUGUCCUUUGUUGGAGGGUCGCAGUUCUCUGGCAGUCUACAUGAGCUCAGUUUAGUGAACGUUAACAUGGAUGUUACCCUCGAUUUGUCAAAUUGUCAGAAUUUACAAAAUCUAGUUAUUGAAAAUAUCUCAUAUGAAACAUUGAUAGAAAACAACGUUGUAAACAACAUACAACGCUGUUAUGCACUACAGAAACUGAAACUUUACACAUUGACAUUUCCUGCAGAUACACAUCUGGAUCUCAGCAGUCUCAAACAUCUAUCUAAGAUAUUCAUACAGAACAGCCGUCUAACACAUGUCACCAUCAACCCGACUUCCCUAGAAAAGUUCUGGGUUUACGUGAAACCAGAACUGAUACCAGAGAUACCGCCAAUGAAGGUGUCCUUUGUUGGAGGGUCGCAGUUCUCUGGCAGUCUACAGGAGCUCAGUUUAGGGCACGUUACCAUGGAUGUUACCCUCGAUUUGUCAAAUUGUCAAAAUUUACAAAAUCUAGUUAUUGAUGAUAUCUCAUAUGAAACAUUGAUUGAAAACAACGUUGUAAACAGCAUACAACGCUGUUAUGCACUACAGAAACUGAAACCUUUUACAUUGACAUUUCCUACAGAUACACACCUUGAUCUCAGCAGUCUCAAACAUCUAUCUAAGAUAAAUAUACAUGGCAGCCGCCUAUCACAUGUCACCAUUUACCCGACUCUUCUAGAAAGGUUCUGGGUUUACGUGAAACCAGAACUGAUACCAGAGAUACCGCCAAUGAAGGUGUCCUUUGUUGGAGGGUCGCAGUUCUCUGGCAGUCUACAGGAGCUCAGUUUAGUGCACGUUACCAUGGAUGUUACCCUCGAUUUGUCAAAUUGUCAAAAUUUACAAAAUCUAGUUAUUGGAAAUAUCUCAUAUGAAACAUUGAUAGAAAACAAAGUUGUAAACAACAUACAACGUUGUUAUGCACUACAGAAACUGAAACUUUUCACAUUGACAUUUCCUACAGAUACACACCUUGAGCUUAGCAGUCUCAAACAUCUAUCUAAGAUAACUAUAGAGAACAGCCGCCUAUCACAUGUCACCAUCCACCCGACUUCCCUAGAAAUGUUCUGGGUUUACAUGAAACCAGAACUGAUACCAGAGAUACCGCCAAUGAAGGUGUCCUUUGUUGGAGGGUCGCAGUUCUCUGGCAGUCUACAGGAGCUCAGUUUAGUGCACGUUACCAUGGAUGUUACCCUCGAUUUGUCAAAUUGUCAAAAUUUACAAAAUCUAGUUAUUGAAAAUAUCUCAUAUGAAACAUUGAUAGAAAACAACGUUGUAAACAAUAUACAACGCUGUUAUGCACUACAGAAACUUCGCCUUGAUACAUUGACAUUUCCUGCAGAUACACACCUAGAUCUCAGCAGUCUCAAACAUCUCUCUAAGAUAAAUAUACAGAACAGCCGCCUAACACACGUCACCAUCAACCCGUCUUCCCUUGAAAAAUUCUGGGUUUACGUGAAACCAGAGCUGAUACAAGAGAUACCGUCAAUGGAGGUGUCCUUUGUUGGUGGGUCACAGUUCUCUGGCAGUCUACAUGAGCUCAGUUUAGUGCACAUAACCAUGGAUGUUACCCUCGAUUUGUCAAAUUGUCAGAAUUUACAAAAUCUAGUUACAGAUAAUAUCUCAUAUGAAACAUUGAUAGAAAACAACGUUGUAAACAAUAUACAACGCUGUUAUGCACUACAGGAACUUCGCCUUAAUACAUUGACAUUUCCUGCAGAUACACACCUUGAUCUUAGUAGUCUCAAACAUCUAUCUAAGAUAACUAUACAGAACAGCCGCCUAUCACAUGUCACCAUCCACCCGACUUCCCUAGAAAUGUUCUGGGUUUACAUGAAACCAGAACUGAUACCAGGGAUACCGCCAAUGAAGGUGUCCUUUGUUGGUGGGUCGCAGUUCUCUGGCAGUCUACGGGAUCUCAGUUUAGUGCACGUUACCAUGGAUGAUACCCUCGAUUUGUCAAAUUAUACACACCUUGAGCUUAGCAGUCUCAAACAUCUAUCUAAGAUAACUAUACAGAACAGCCGCCUAUCACAUGUCACCAUCCACCCGACUUCCCUAGAAAUGUUCUGGGUUUACAUGAAACCAGAACUGAUACCAGAGAUACCGCCAAUGAAGGUGUCCUUUGUUGGAGGGUCGCAGUUCUCUGGCAGUCUACAGGAGCUCAAUACACACCUUGAUCUUAGCAGUCUCAAACAUCUAUCUAAUAUAACUAUACAGAACAGCCGCCUAUCACAUGUCACCAUCCACCCGACUUCCCUAGAAAUGUUCUGGGUUUACAUGAAACCAGAACUGAUACCAGAGAUACCGCCAAUGAAGGUGUCCUUUGUUGAUACACAUCUGGAUCUCAGCAGUCUCAAACAUCUCUCUAAGAUAACUAUACAGAACAGCCGUCUUACACACGUCACAAUCAACCCGCCUUCCCUUGAAAAAUUCUGGGUUUACGUGAAACCAGAACUGAUACAAGAGAUACCACCAAUGAAGGUGUCCUUUACGAUUGCUGUAAAGAGGGUUGAAUUUGAAGAGGUACGAAUAGUGACAGCUGAGCAGCUUGUAUCAUUUCUAAAUUGUUCGGAGCCUAUUCAAGGCACAGACAGGACAACAGGCGGAAUCGACGAAAUGCCGUUCGGGCUUCAUACAUCUGAGAUCAAUUUCUCUAAAUGUUAUGUUUUGGGAUCAACAGUUGAAAAAGUAGAAUCGGCGAUAGACUGUUUGCAACAGGUUUGGGAAAUAAAGAAAUUCGAAAUACAAACCACAGCAUCAAACAUAAGUUCAGGCACAGCUGAUUUGGUUGAAGAUAUUACAUGCAGGAAUCCAGUUGUUCUUAAUGUGUUGCAAUUGAAACCAAAAAGAGAUACGUAA